AUGGCCUCGAUUAGUACACCAACGAGUGCGUCGACUUCUCCCGAAUCCCCGAUCCCGGAUUUAUUGGCAGUGUUUGUGCAACGCACUAUGGGAGUGUUUGGCAGCGAAACGAUAGGCUUUCAGCUCAAGCCUUCUCGAAACGAUUUGUGGGCCCCGAUAAGUUUUAUUGACUCUUGGGUUGACGUAGCGAUGGUGUGGAUUUUGAACAAGACAAGUCAGAUAUCCAGUCAUGGUGAAAUGCACAGCAGGUCAUCGUUUUAUGAAGGUUUAGUUCCACAUAUCAGUGUUGACAAUUAUGGUGCAGUACUUGUUCUGCAGUCUGGCGAUUUAGCUGUAUUAUUACGAAUGAUAUUUGCAUUCUUGGUAUUAGCGCUGCAUUUCAUUAGUUGUAAUUUCAAUUUAGGAUGUUUUCUUAAUCUGUUAAACAAAGGGGAUGAAUUAAAGCGUCGUGAAUUCUAG